AUGGCAGUCAAUAUCCUGUGGUUUGUUGGCGACAUGUGCGUCGUGUGGCUGCUCUGUCUACUAGCUGCCAGCAACUGGGACUCAUCCAUCGAAGGACACUGUGGGAACGUUGCAGCUGCGUAUCUAACGGUACACGUGAGCAGCCUGAUGGUGGAUCUCCUUGUGGUGGGGUUGCCAGUGCAGGUUCUCUGGCGUCUGAAAAUGCCCAUGGCGAGGAAAUUCGGAAUCAUGGUGAUGUUUGCACUUGUUGCACUUAUUUGUGCCAUCACCAUUGCUCGACUUGUUCUUUGGCGUAUUGCCCUUGGGUAUGACAGCAAUGACUUUACAUAUACUGGCUGGACACUGUACCUUUUCAGCGCCAUAGAGGUAUCUGUAGGCUGUACUCUCGCAUGUAUGCCUCUGCUCAAGCCGGCAGGAAAGAGAAUUGCUUCAUCGUCGUUAGUAUCUUGGUUGAGAGCCUUGGCCAACGCCACUCGACCACACACAUUCAAGGCAUCAUCGAGGCAGCAUGGCUGGGUGGAAGGACCCUAUUCUAAACCUCGUGUGGGCGGCGAGAGAGACUCGGAGUCUCUCAAAGACAGAUCCAGCGAUGAACGAUCCAUCUACGUGAAUCGUGAAGUCAACCAGCACACCAUUAUGAGCAAUGACUCCUUGGAGAUGGAGCCUUGA